AUGAGCCGCGCGCGGGGGGCGCUGUGCCGGGCCUGCCUCGCGCUGGCCGCGGCCCUGGCCGCGCUGCUGCUGCUGCCACUGCCGCUACCCCGCGCGCCCGCGCCGGCCCCGACCCGGGCCCCGGCCCCCGGCCCCGGCCCACACGCUCCCCCUGCCCGUCCCGCCACCGCCCCCCGCCUGCGGCCCGACGACGUCUUCAUCGCGGUCAAGACCACCCGGAAGAACCACGGGCCGCGCCUGGGUCUGCUGCUGCGCACCUGGAUCUCCCGGGCCCGACGGCAGACGUUCAUCUUUACCGACGGGGAUGACCCUGAGCUACAGCUCCAGGAAGGCAGCCAUGUCGUCAACACCAACUGCUCAGCCGUGCACACACGCCAGGCUCUGUGCUGCAAGAUGUCAGUGGAAUAUGACAAGUUCAUUGAGUCUGGACGCAAGUGGUUCUGCCAUGUGGACGAUGACAACUACGUAAACCCCGAAGGCCUGCUGCAGCUGCUGUCCACCUUCUCACCCAGCCAAGACGUCUACCUGGGGCGGCCCAGCCUGGACCACCCCAUCGAGGCUACCGAGAGGGUCCAAGGAGGUGGAACCGUAACCACGGUCAAGUUCUGGUUUGCUACCGGAGGGGCCGGGUUCUGCUUGAGCAGAGGCCUUGCACUCAAGAUGAGCCCAUGGGCCAGCCUGGGCAGUUUCAUGAGCACAGCCGAGCGGGUGCGGCUGCCGGACGACUGCACGGUGGGCUACAUUGUGGAGGGGCUGCUGGGCGCCCGCCUGUUGCACAGCUCGCUGUUCCACUCCCACCUGGAGAGCCUGCAGAGGCUGCCGCCCGACACCCUGCUCCAGCAGGUCACCUUGAGCUACGGGGGUCCUGAGAACCCACAUAAUGUGGUGAACGUGGCCGGAGGCUUCAGCCUGCAGCAGGACCCCACGCGGUUUAAGUCCGUCCACUGCCUUCUUUACCCGGACACGGACUGGUGUCCUGAGCAGAAGCAGAGUGACGUCGCCUCUCGGUGAACCUCGACGUCGACCCAAAUAUGCCUCUGGCUCUGCCCCAGGUGCAAGUGGACGACGCCUGCCUGAGGGAGCAAGAACAGUGCUGUUCCCUCCUGGGCUCCAGGCGGCCACGGUCACGGUCUCAUCCAGGGAGAUAAGGGCGCCCAGCAAAUACUCCAGCUGGCUUGGAGGCCUCCCCACAGCCCCGGGCAGGCCCGGGUGACCUGGCACUGUGGGAGAGGAGGACAGCGCUGUGUGCCUGCCCAGGGGCCCAGCCCCAGCUCUCACAGGAAGGGUCUCACCCUAGGGUCCGGGGACCUGGGAGGGGGCUGACAUCUGACUCCCAGGGCUCCGUCCUGCUCCCCUCACCUGUUGGAGAGGGGACUCCAGGCCAGGGUUGUGUGUGAGAUGCUGCAGCUUAGCAAAGGUGACUACAGAUGCUUCACCCUCUGUUCUCUUGAGAAGCCGCCCUCCCCACACCAGGCUUUGGAGCCCAGACAGGGCCUCUCUGUUCCCGAGGGGAGCCGCACUCAAGGAUGCAGGCCCUCUGGCUGGCUGUGCUCUUGGGCACAGCUUACUGCUAGCCAGGGCAUCUCCAUUCAGCGGCCACCUUCUUGGGGGCCAUCGGCCAAGGGGUUCUUACUGAGGGAACUUGAACUUUUCUCCACUCUGACUCAUUGCUCAGUACUGGUCCUCCCUUCCUCCACCCUGGGCCCCAAGUCCAUGAAACAGCAGGCGCCUUUUGUGUGAGGCCCUCUCUGCAGUGAGGCAUCCCCAUCCCACCAGCUGACCCACCUUGACCUUGACGGUGCCUUUCCAUGGGAGGAGGAAACAGAACAAGGGGAGCCAGCGCUUGCCUUCUGGUCUCUCGCUCUGCUAUUGCAACGAGUGAAUAAAGCCUUGAUUGUUAC